CUGUUUUCUCCAAACAGAAUCUUUAGAAGCCAGAGAAUCAAGAUAAUAGGUGAAAGUGGUGCUGAUGGACGAAAAUAUGGAUUUUAGACCAGUCAAGUACACGGAGCACAAGACAGUGAUCAAGAAGUACACUAAAAAGAAGCUUCCUGUGGACAAGAAGAAGAUGAUUGGUCGUGACUCGGCGAGGUUGGUUCGUGUCUGUGUGAUGGAUCGUGACGCUACUGAUUCAUCAAGCGACGACGAAGAGUUUUUGUUCCCUCGAAGACGGGUCAAGAGAUUGAUCAACGAGAUCAGAGUCGAGCCUAGCUCCUCCGGCGAAGUCUCUGCUCCGAUUAAGACCGGAAAAAGUAUCACCGUUGAUUCUCCCCUUCAAGAGGUCUCUGUUUCCGGCGCCGACCAUAACGAGAGGAAGUUCCGCGGCGUGAGACGGCGACCAUGGGGAAAAUACGCGGCGGAGAUUCGUGAUCCGGAGCGACGCAAGAGGAUCUGGCUCGGUACUUUUUCAACGGCGGAGGAAGCCGCCGUCGUCUACGACAACGCAGCGAUAAAGCUUCGUGGUCCCGAUGCUCUCACCAACUUCAGCGUACCACCAGAACCAGAACCAGUUCCAAAACCGGAACCGGAGAGCAACUUAUCCGUUUCUUCGACAUCAGAAUCAAUGGACGAUUCUCAUCAUCUAUCAUCUCCCACAUCGGUUCUCAACUACCAAAUCUCGGAACAAUGGAUGAACCGGUCAAACCGGGUUAAACAAGAGUUUCUUGAACCGGAACCAAUUAGCUGGCAUCUCGGAGAAGGUAAUAAUAUUGACGAUGCAUUUCCAUUGGACAUUCCAUUUCUCGACAACUACUUCAAUGAAUCAUUGCCAGACAUCUCCAUCUUUGAUCAACACAUGUCUCCUCUUCAAUCAUCAGAGAAUGAUUUCUUCAACGAUCUUAUGUUAUUGGAUAACAACACCAACAUAGGAGAAGAUAACUACUCUUCCGAUAUCAAAGAAAUUGGUUCAAUGUUCAAUGAUCUCGAUGAUUCUUUGAUAUCCGAUCUUUUAGUUUAGUUGUGUGAUACACAUUUAGUCCUAAAGAAAACAAACAUCGGUUGCAAGUAUGGCCGGUGUGAGUCAAAUUUUGUC